AGGUUUCCGGUACGGAUCAGUUGCUGGUAGUUCCUCCAGUCUAGGUCGGUGAGGAGUGGAGACAGCCAGGGACCGAGCUGAAAUGUCGGACAGCGGGAGUCAGGAAGCCCCGAAGACACGGAUACCCAGGCCGACGGUUGGCAACAAAGUGACCGUGGUACUCGGCGCUCAGUGGGGCGAUGAGGGGAAGGGGAAAGUUGUGGAUCUGCUGGCACAGGACGCGGACAUGGUGUGCAGAUGCCAGGGCGGCAACAACGCAGGACACACAGUGGUGGUCGACUCAGUCGAGUACGACUUUCACCUCCUACCCAGCGGCAUCAUCAACCCCAAGGUCACCGCUUUCAUUGGCAAUGGCGUGGUGAUCCAUCUUCCAGGCCUGUUCGAAGAAGCAGAAAAAAAUGAACGCAAAGGAAAAAGUCUAAAAGGCUGGGAGAAACGGUUGAUCAUCUCGGACAGAGCACACAUUGUGUUUGACUUCCACCAAGCGGUUGAUGGCGUUCAGGAACAGCAGAGACAAGAGCAAGCAGGCCAGAACCUCGGGACGACGAAGAAGGGGAUUGGUCCGGUGUACUCGGCUAAGGCGGCACGCUCCGGGCUCAGGAUAUGUGACUUGCUGGCAGACUUCACACAGUUCUCUGAAAGGUAUAAAGCUUUGGCCCAGCAGUACCAGUCUAUGUACCCCACUCUAAAGAUCGACAUAGACGGAGAGCUGCUCAAGUUAAAGGACUAUGUUGAGCAGAUCAAGCCCAUGGUAAGAGAUGGUGUGCACUACAUGUACGAGGCACUUCAUGGUCCUCCUAAGAAAAUCCUGGUGGAAGGAGCCAAUGCAGCGCUGCUGGACAUUGACUUUGGAACGUACCCGUUUGUGACGUCGUCCAACUGCACGGUGGGCGGGGUGUGCACGGGCCUCGGGAUGCCGCCUCAGAACGUCGGCGAGGUUUAUGGGGUCGUCAAGGCGUACACCACAAGAGUGGGCAUCGGUGCUUUCCCCUCAGAGCAGAAGAAUGAGAUCGGAGACCUGCUGCAGACUCGAGGGAAGGAGGUCGGCGUGACCACAGGCAGAAAACGACGGUGCGGUUGGCUGGAUCUGGUGCUCAUCAAAUAUGCACAUAUGAUUAAUGGCUUCACUGCUUUAGCUCUCACCAAACUCGACAUACUUGACGUUUUCACCGAGAUCAAGGUCGGCAUAGGGUACAAAGUCGACAACCAAACUAUACCUCACUUUCCAGCCAAUCAGGAGGUGCUGCAGCGUGUGGAGGUUCAGUACGAGAUCCUGCCCGGCUGGGACAGCGACACUUCGGCCGCUAGAAGCUUCGAGGAGCUGCCCGAGAACGCACAGAAAUAUGUUCGCUUCAUUGAGGAGCAUGUGGGAGUGCCUGUCAAAUGGAUCGGAGUGGGGAAGUCCCGGGAGUCCAUGAUCCAGCUCUUCUAGACAAAUGGAAAGAAACACAGCCUACCUACCUGUUUUAAACCUCCAAACAAAGACGCCACCGUCAUCAGACUGUGCCGGACUGGACUUCUCCAGUCUGUUUGGAUUUUUAACAGUUUUAAACUUUAUUAAAACAGCAUCACAAGGCGCUCUGCUAACAUUGCAGCGUUUGUUUCAUAUACAACACACUGGGCAACACCAGCUGCCAUCAGGUGAGGGCGUGAAGGAACGGCCACGAGACACACGCAGGCACUGGAUCGCUCGUUUGAUUGAACACAUCGUUUGACUGUAUUUUGGUUGAUCUAUGCUGUGAUUUUUAACGCGCUGUGUUUUCCCCCUCAGCACUUUAGAUGCUUUGGACUGUAUGUGCUUUAUGUUUUAUUCUUCCAGGUGUACGGCGCAUCCUCACACGAUAAAGGGAUCGGCUUGUAUUUUAAAUGUGUCUUUCUGUGUUCUCAGUGUUAAAACUUGCCUUGUCAUUCAACUCCAAAAAAAAAAAACAAAAAAAAAACCUAGCUUUUAAAUUUUUUCCGUAGCUGAUCGCUGUGGGAACGCUCGAGUUUUAAGGAUUAAUCUCAGCAGGUGAGCUCUCCUCUAACCACUAACAGGCACAGAAAUGUUAAUGUAACUUAGAUUUUCGAAGUAAACCAAAUUAGUCUGUCAGCACUUUUCCACGCCUCACAUUCUUGUGAUUAAUGUUGUUUUGUCUUUGCACUGUCAGCACAUUGUUCUGGUAACAUGGGAAGGCAAUGAUUCGAUGUAUGCUGUCUUUUUUUUUUUUUGCCCAGUUUUCUGCAAGACUGUAAUUACGUUUUGGCUUCAGGUACUAAAGUACCUGAAGUUCCACAGUAGAGUACUGCAUUGAAUCCCCACCUUAGUGGAUGACGACAUUGUUUGCAUUUACAGUUCUGUGCAAUGAAGACAUUUUGUGUGUUGGAUCAAAAGGUGAUCAUGAGAAGAGACACAAAAAAGUUUCAGCUUUUAUUCAGUAUGCAUUAAAUAAACUUUAGAUUUCCUGUUUCUUCACUGGUCAUGCCUUUACAGGAUUUUACUGCAGCAUCGUGUAGUUGUCAGAUUUGUUGGGGUUUCUCCCUUAUGUCUUCUCUUCAAGUUUUUAAGUGCAUGGUCAUUAUGUAUCCUGCUGAAGUCCUUUGUUGAGGUGGUGGUGUGCUUUGGAUUAUUAUCUUCCCACAUAAUAAAGAUCCUCCUGAUUAUUUUGGAUGAA